AGGUGACAUAAUUUUGACAUUCUAAUCUAACUCUAACACAAUUACCAAUAACAGUAACAUAUUUUACAGGUUUUGUAUUUAAUUUAUCUAAUCUAUAUGAUUAAACACAUGCUUUAUUAAAAAGUAUGUCAUCUGCAACAAUGCCGCUUUUGGAUGAUGACACUAUAGCUUUUGGUGAAGAUUUAGAUACAGGCAGAAGUAAAGAUUCUUUAACGCACCCAUAUGUAACAUGUUUUCAUCUAGUAUUUAGAGGAGCUUCUAUCAUUGUGUACAUGCUAUGUGGCUGGUUUAGUGACAGUUUUAUUGCCAGUUUUGUAACUGUUGUAUUAUUCUUGUCGAUGGAUUUCUGGACAGUAAAAAAUAUUACUGGAAGAUUAAUGGUAGGACUGCGAUGGUGGAAUUAUGUAGAUGAUGAUGGAAAAUCGCAUUGGGUCUUUGAAUCUAGAAAGGGCUCUUCACAGAAUAGAAUAAAUGAGAGGGAAGCCCGCAUAUUUUGGACUGCACUAAUAUUAACUCCACUUAUUUGGGCCAUAUUUUUUAUAGUUGCACUUUUUGGAUUAAAAUUAAAGUGGUUGUUACUAGUAACUAUUGCUCUCAUUCUUAAUGGAUCAAACUUAUAUGGUUACAUAAAGUGUAAAGUAGGAGGUUCUGAAAACUUAAGUACCGUCACUUCUAAUUUCUUCAGGAAACAGGUACUACAGAAUGCUGUUUCCCUAGUGGCACGACAAGCUUCUAAUACACCAGCUAAUCCAUUAAGUCAGCCUACUAAUACAGUUUAAAGUUUUACAAUACCAGAUGUAAAUGUUUAAUUACUUUUAGUAACAUUGUGAUAUUCAUUAUUAGAAUAAAUGUUUUAAGUUAUU